GCAUUACUGCAACUUUUCCUUCAUUCCCGUAGUUUAAUUGUAGUGGUGUUUCGGAGAAUUGAAUGACUUUUCGUGCCCUCAGAAUCAUGAAAAUUGCAGCAGUAGUUACGUUUGCUAUCUGUGCUUUGGUUUUCCUUCUUUUACCAGACGAUUCGCAAGCUGGAAAAACGAAGAAAGGUCCACUGGUCACGCAAAAGGUGAGUACAUACUCCAUUGCUGUUUAGAAGCUUCAGUAUAGUACACUAAACAACCAGUGAAUAGGUUUUUCUCCGUCUUGGAAGCAGGGAAGACAUUUUGUACAGCAGAGACAAUAUCAGAAUUUGCUUACUCAUCUUAAACUCUGAUACAAAUCCGAUGAAUUGGUCUUACUAUUUUUACCGCACAUACAAUUUGUUACUCAAUAACAGACAACUGAGUAUAGUUUUUAUUAGUAAUGGAUAAUUUGUCGUAAGCUAAAAGGUCGGUCAGCAGCUAUGAAUGUAGAAGCAAAGGUAGACGCAAAUUAGUGAACAGAGAGAGAUGUGCAUAUCCUAUUUAUUAAGAUGGUUUCCUGUGCAGAUUUAUUGAUGUCUCUUCUGCAAGAGCAUCUCCUAUUUGACCCUCCUAUGUACUCCUCUGCAUAAACCCCUGAACAGAUCAAACCCUUUAAUAUGAUAUAAGUGGUAGGGCUUGAAGAGGUAACUAACUUAGCUGCAAGUCAAAUACUCAAAACUUAGGAUUUCAAAGCCUUUCUCUAGAUGUGAAGAUAUAUUGAAAUCUCUUAAACAUCUCUGGUGAUUCAUUGAAAUAGUUGUAGAAUCAAAAGCCAACAGAAGGUGGCAAAUAGUUUAUUCAUGAUGUGUGAUUAAGGCCAAAAUUAAUAGCAUGACACUAGUAAUUUUACUGUAAUGCAAGUGUGAUUAAUAUAUGUGACCUGCGAACUUUAUCUUCAUCUCCUUGAAAACCUAAAGAUUUCCCUGAAACCUCACACACAGAAGAGAUAUGAAGCUUUCCCUUUUAAAUUGGUGAUGCAUGAAACAAAUGUGACAUGUGCUUAAAUGUGUGUGCUAGACAGGAUCAGGCACCUUCCUUUGCCAUCCCUCCAAAUUGAAGAGCAUGUCAAAAUAAAAACAUUACUGCUGGCCCAUUCACAUACCAAGCACAUUAUGACUUGUUUUCACAUACAAAGAUAUGGUCACUUAAGAUGUAGCUCGGGGAAAAGUCAGGUAACACAUGCUACAGUACAGAAAUAAAUAUACUUUAAUCCUACCAACAAAACCCCUAUAACAAAGGGUGGGAUUUUAAAUACCUUACUGAUUAUAAUUCAUCAAUUGCUUCACUGGAUUUACUUCACUGUAAAAGUUAUGUAACUACAUUAAUGGUACAUUAAUUUAUUGUUGUAGGUUUAUUUUGACAUUACACAUGGAGAUAAAGAUGUGGGAAGAAUUGUGAUUGGUUUGUUUGGAAAAACUGUGCCGAAAACCACUAAGAAUUUUGCAGCUCUAGCUUCUGGAGAGGUAAAAAUUUACUCAUCUUGAAUAAAGGUUUCCAUAUGCUAACGGUUCUUCCAGCAAUUCUUUAUUUGUUUUCUCUGUGAUCCGUUGGUAGCUACUAUGUUUCCUGUCACUUGUCUUUUAUUUCUCAAAGUGAAAAUGUGUCAUGAAAAUUGCUGUUAAAUAUUGGAGAACAAGGCCUAAGUUUUUUUUUUUAAUUUUUUUUAAGAGAAUAAAAGAUGGUCAGUUGAUUUCACUUAAUAGACCUCAUGCAUCAAUUCCUUAAAACAAUGAGAUGAAAAUAAUUCCCAUGUGAGAACAACAUGAACAUUGACAAGCCUCAAGUGGUGCAAAUGAGGCCUAGGGUUUACUUUCUGGGAAUGGAGAAGUCAUAUGUAAGAGCUGUGUCAAUUAGCUUAACCCUUACACAACCAAGAUCUUGUUAGAAAUACUCGUUUUUUUCCAUACAAUUUGUGUUGUUGGUGUGAAGAAGCUGGUAUUGGAUCGACUAAUAAUCUUCUAAUUGAUAUUUUUCUUUAUUUUCAUCACUUGUCUGCUUGAUUUUAUAUUGACUCUGUAAGGAGCAAUGUAGUCUUGGUCACACAUAGGAUUGAAAGGGUUGAUACUUAAAAUUGUAUGAUGAUCUUAGGAGUUUCAGGUAUUAAAAAUCUUUCUGUAAAUAAUGGGAUUAUUUUUGUUUGAUUUGCAAGUAAAAUAGGGUUUUUUGCUCUUUUGUUUCAGAAAGGAUUUGGCUAUAAAGGAAGUAAAUUUCACAGGAUUAUUCAUAAUUUUAUGAUUCAAGGUAACACAUUUUAGAACUUCCAUAUAAUUUGUUUUAUCUCCCAGAGCACUGAUUUGUACACUACUUCUAACAAGGUAGAACCUAUAGCCAUUAGUAAAUUUCCAGCAUAUUGACUGAAGUGCUCUCCUUAAUGUAACUGUUCAAUCUAUGAUGAAAAAAAAAAUUGCAUCAAUUUGGACUUCAGUUCUCCCUUAACCGUCAAACUCCCAAAAGUGAUUAAUAUGUAACUUCUCCCCAUAAUAUCCAUACAUUAUCCAGCCAACAUGUAAUGAGGAUAUUCAAACUUAUCAGGUAAAGGUUGGUGGUCCUGAUCUAACACCAAAUUCUUGUGACUUAUUUACAAGGAAUGUGUAGCAGCUGGAGGGGAGAAUUAACAAUCAGAUCCUGGGAGUUACAGGGUUAAAGGAGUAUCUGUCAUAAAUAUAAUUUUGAGAAACAUCUUUUGCAUGACACAUUUGAAUAGAAAUUGGUAAAAAACAUUUCUUCAUGAAUUAUGCCAUGCUAGGGAAUGCUGUAUAGUGAGAACAUUUUACGGUAAAUAGAACCACCAUAGCUCAUCCCAGUUUGUGUGACCACCUUGCUGUUCCACCAUGCUAGUUUCUGUUUUGGCAUUAAACAAAGAUGAAAUAAGACUUCUCUCUUAAUCCUGGAACAUACAAGAGGAAUUUAUCACUUUAAUAGUAAUGUAAUGAAAAUCAUGCUUUUAUGAAAAGAUAAAAAAUGUUUUCUUUGUUCAGGUGGAGACUUCACAAAAGGAGAUGGAACUGGAGGUAAGGCUGAUAACACAGCUAGUUGUAAACCUGAAAGUGGAAUUAAUGAUAAGAAUCCAGGAUAACACUUCAGUUCUUCAACCUCGUAUCCAAUGCAAAACCCUGUAGCUGUUCUUUUUUAGAUCUUAUAACCAUUUUUCUCCCAAUAUCUAAUUUGUUAUUUCCUUGCUGCUUGUCACAGUCAUGCAAUUCUUACACUUUUACUGUGGAGAAUUUGGUAUUGGCUCAACCCAUAAUCCCCAAUUAAUAUUUUCCUUUAUUCUCAUCACUUGUCUGCUUGAUAUUGUACUGAUAUUUGAAAGAGAAAUUCUGUCUUUCUCAUUCAUGGGAGUUAAAGGGUUAAGAAGGAAAAGUAACCUUGCCAAAUGUAGAGGAUAAAUGUUUUGGCAUAAACCCUUCCUGACACUUUAAACUAUGAUAGUUGUAAAGCAUGACAAUGAGACAUCUGUGAGGACAUUGGAAGGCUUGCAUGAAGACCAGUCCAUUCAGACUCCACACCACCCUUCCCCCCCCUUCCUCACCCUUGCCUCCCCCCCACCUACCCUUUUUGCACCCCACCCCACUCAAUCCAAACAUCAGACCAAUGAUGGCCCUUAUAAUCUUUUACUCUGUCUUGAAUGUUUUUCCUAAUUAAACUUUUGAGAAAAAUAAUCUUUCUUUACCUAUCAACCAGGUAAAAGCAUAUAUGGUGAUAGAUUUGAUGAUGAGAACUUUAAGUUGAAGCAUUAUGGUCCAGGCUGGCUGAGUAUGGCUAACGCUGGUAAAGAUACUAAUGGCUCACAGUUCUUUAUCACAACUGUAAAAACUAGCUGGUUGGAUGGCAAACAUGUUGUUUUUGGGAAAGUUCUUGAAGGAAUGGUGAGUUCAGAAAUAUAUAUUAUUGUUUUCUUUGAAGAACAACGUUUUAGAAUUUCAGAAUUUUGAAAUUUUUUCAGAAUUGUGAUCAAACUGAAGAAUUCAGAGAUCUUUUCGAUUGAGUGUCAUAAAACCAGUAAUCAUAACAGCCAAUUAAAAAAAAGGAUAAUACCUUCAAGAGCCAAUGACAUCUCUCAGUAACACAACCUAACUGCGUUAAGUGCAGCCUGGAAAAUGCUGACGACCAAGCAGUGAUUGGUUUUAGUUUUGCAUCUGACUGGUAGAGAAAGUGGUACGAGUUUUUUGGACCAACCUCAGGGAGAAGUAAAGCAAACACAAACAAAUCCUGGAUUUCUUAACCUCAAUUGAAAGUUGCUCUAUCAAUUAACCUCACCAAUUCCCCGAUUCUUUUUCCUAAUAAUUGCUAUUCCCAGGAAGGUUGUAACGAGUCUGAGACACUAGGAAAGUUAAAUUCUGGUACCAAAGUGGAUUUUUAUUUGUCAAUUGUGUCACUGUGAUGUUGGAGUUCAAGAUAUCCCUUGUAAAUGUGUCUUAUGAGGGCAAUUACUCAUGCUAGAUUAGACAUGGUUUGAUGCUACUCUGGUUUUGUAAACUAGAGUAGCAUUAAACCUUGUCUAAUUGUCCACCUGGUUACCAUGUGAACUUUAAUAUAUUUCGUGCUAGAUUCUUACCAACCAAACGUCCCACUUACAAGUUACUAGGAGAAUGACUAUAUGUAAUAUGUUUUUAGCGUAUCUUACACAAUGCUCGCCAAAACAGUUACUAAGUCAAUUGCACUGUUCUUAAAAUAAUUCUCACAGGAUGUUGUACGCAAGGUAGAAAACGUAGAAGUGGACGGGAGUACUCCAAAGAAAGAGGUGAAGAUCGCAGAUUGCGGAGUUAUUGAGGUUGAUGAGCCCUUCAACGUGGAAAGGGAAGAUUAGCACCAGUCUCUCUUCAGUGUGUUUUGUAAUGCGCAAGGAUUUUUAAUAAAAUACAGUUAUGAAUUUGAUUUGACUGCUCUGUGCUCGAGCAUUCUGCAAAUUCCAGUGCA